AUGAAGCCUUUCAGCACCCCAUACACAGUCCUGACGGACCGCCUACGAGGGCGAGGGCGCAAGUCGGCAUGGAUUGAAUACAUUAUAACGGCAACCUGCGCUAUAGGCAACAUGCUAUUUGGAUACGACCAGGGAGUCAUGGGCGGCUUCCUCACUUCCAUCCCAUUUGAGCAAACGUUUCCGUCGAUUUCUAGUACUGCAGGAAACGCCACACUUCAGGGCUUCACUGUGGCUGUAUACGAGAUUGGGUGUGCGAUUGGUGCGUUGAGUGUGAUAUUUGGCGGAGAUCGAUACGGUCGUAGAGUGACUGUGAUGAUGGGUCAGACGAUUCUUAUCGUUGGAUCGGUGCUGCAGUUCACUUCAUACAGUCUGGCACAGCUUAUAGUGGGCCGGAUUGUCACUGGCGUUGGUAAUGGAAUGGCUGUCGCCGUUCUCCCGACCUGGAAUGGCGAGUGCUCUCGAUCAUCUAAUCGAGGACGCGCUGUUUUAUGGCAGUUGAACAUCAACAUUUUCGGUAUCGCUGUGGCCUACUGGGUUGACUACGGUGUCAACCAAUCCUCGCUGACAGUCAACACGGACUGGUCAUGGCGAUUCCCGUUGUCACUUCAGAUCAUCUUUUCACUACUUACAAUUCUCUUAUCGUUAUUCCUGCCGGACUCACCACGUGCCCUUGUUAGACAGGGUCGGAUAGAAGAUGCCCGAGAUGUGAUUGACAUGCUCUCUCUGGAGGAAGAUCCUGUUAAGCGAGCCCAAACCACGACUGUCCACCUCUCUCUUAUUGAAGGCACGCUCGAAGAGGAAGUCGAACAGAAUUCCUCCAGCUGGAACGAAAUUUUCACCCAAGGUGAAUCUCGCUACUUCCAAAGACUAGUCCUUGCGACCAUGGCACUUUGUAUGCUGCAGAUCAGCGGUCUCAAUUUGAUUACUUAUUAUGCGCCCGUUAUUUUUGAAAACACCCUCGGCAUGUCCCGAAAGCUCAGCUUGCUGGUUUCAGGCUUCAAUGGUCUGGAGUAUUGGCUUGCCACAUUUGUGCCUAUCCCUAUCAUCGAUCGCGUUGGUCGGCGACGUAUCAUGCUGUUUGCCGCCACCGGCCAAACAAUCACCAUGGCCGUCCUGGCUGGGUGUAUUGCGUACCCGGACAACAAAGCAGCCGGUUAUGUUGCGGCCGUGGGCUUGUUUGCGUUUAAUACCUUUGCCGGAAUCGGCUUCGACGGUAUUCCAUUCUUGCUUCCUGUCGAGCUGACGCCACUGAGAACCCGUGGCAAAUCGGUGGCUAUCGCGACGGGAUGUUUCUGGCUAUGCAACUUCUUUGUCGUCAUGAUCUCGCCGGUGUUGAUCGACAAAAUCAAAUACGGCACGUACAUUUUGUGGUGUGGUACCAAUCUGGCAUUCAUUCCCAUGAUCUACUUCCUCAUCCCCGAAACAUCCAAAGCGGCUCUAGAAGACAUCGACGUCCUUUUCGAGACCAAUCCUACCUGGCUCAUUGGGCCAGGUUCCCGAAAGAAGCUGCAAAAUAUUGUUGCCAAUCGCCAAACGGCUGAAGGCAUUCGAAUCAACGAAAAGGGCAAUGAUAAUGUAGAGAACAUGACCGAGGUAGAAGACAUAGACAGUUCUUCUAUACAACAAUGA